AUAUCAUCAUUGCGAGUUGCGACUGUCGCAUCUACAGAGAUCUUCCGAUCUUCUUCGAUUAUCGACGCAAGACAAUCGCUCGUGCGCAUCCUGCCGUGUUAGUCCACAUGUGUGCUUUAGCUUCGAAGGCGGGAAUGGGAAAAUAACGAGAAAAGAAAAAGUGCCUAACCUCUUUGCGCGCCGUUCUCUUUCAACGAUUUAUAAAAUAUUUAUAAAUUUUUGUGCUUAAUGUAACCGUUUAAUUUCUUAGCGCUGUGCAUGUUUUAUCUUAUUCGCAAUUGUGUUUAGCGUAUGUUGUAUAUAACGAUGGCUGAUAAUAAUUGCGUGCAAAUGAUUCAAACAAAUUUUUCAUUAUACGGCUUAGUAUUGUCAAGAGAGCUUAGAGUAUCUCUCGCAAAGCAACUAUUAAGAAUACCACAAAAUGAACGUGAAUCUUGGCUCAGUCGUAUUAUAGAACUGAUUCUGGCUCAAAACUUGGAUGAUCCGCAUGUUGGAGCCGAACAUAUAAAAAUUGCUAUAGAAGAAUGCCUAGAACCAAACAAAUUGAAAGAUACGGAGACAGUGUUCAGUGUUAUAAAUGGAUAUGAUAUACCAAAGAUAAGAUAUGACAUUUCUAAAAAGAAAUUUAUCAUUGACAGUGAAAACUCACAUCUUGAAACACAAUAUAAAUCAUUGGUUUUUAAGCAUCGUUUCGAAAUGGCAUGGUAUAAAACUCUAAGGCAUAAGCAAUUUCUGUCUUCUAAAUUUGAGAAACAGCAAACAGAUAAGACAAAUUUAAUACCUAUCGAGUAUCUAUUAAGCGAGCUGAGAACAGGGAAUGUAUGCGUAAUGGGGCUGAUAACACAAUUAAUGGAAGACCAAUAUUAUUUGGAAGAUACAAGUGGAACUGUCAAAAUUGAUCUCAGCAAUACAGAUUUUCAGGAUACUUUUAUCAUGGAAGGCUGUAUAGUAUUAGCUAAUGGCGUUUAUAAGGAUGACGUGUUACAUGUGAAAAAUAUCAACCUUCCGCCAAUAGAAUCAUCGGAGAGCUUGCGAUCGGAUUUUGGCGAUGCAAAUACAUUUGGUGGCCCACACAAUAUAUCUUUAAAAAUGUCAGAAAAGUUACAAGUCCAUGAAGAGUAUAACCAGGAUGGAAUGAUAGUAUUCAUAGCAGAGUUAUGGUUGGAUGUUCCACAUGUCUUACAAAAAUUUAAGACGAUACUGGAUGGUUACAUGGAUUAUCCCCCCAUAGCUUUUGUAUUGUGUGGCCAUUUCUUAAGUUUCCCUACAAAUAUAACUAGUGCUCAAGCUCUGAUAACGGGUUUCAAAAAUUUAGUUGAUAUUAUAACCCAAUAUACAAAUAUAAAGGAAUCUUCCAAAUUUGUUUUUGUACCUGGCCCACACGAUUUAGGCUCUCCUAAAAUUUUACCAAAACCUCCUUUGCCCAAAUGCAUUAUCGAAGAAGUCACAAAAACAAUACCAAAUGCUAUUUUCACUACUAAUCCAUGUAGAAUACAGUACUGUACAAAGGAAAUUGUAAUAUUAAGAGAAGACAUGUUGACGAAGAUGUGUAGGAACGCGCUUCGUUUUCCGAAAGAGGAAAACUUUUUUAAACAUUUUGCUAAAGCCAUCAUUGGUCAAUCACACUUGACCCCUGUGCCUCUUCAAGUUGUUCCAAUAUAUUGGAAAUAUGACCAUGCUCUGCAGAUAUUUCCAACGCCAGAUCUCAUUGUGAUUGCUGACAAUUUUGAAACAUACACGACCAAUUAUGCUGACUGUUAUGUGAUAAAUCCUGGAAUGUUUUCAAAAAACAAUUUUUCGUUUCAAGCUUAUGUGCCUGCCAUUAAUCAGGUCCAAGAUUGUCAGCUUCCAAAUGACACCAAUAUUGGUUGAGAAAAUAAUUAUAUCAAAAUAUCAUGAUAAUUUUCUUGUACAUAGACAAUGUAUAAACUGUUACGCUGGGUAUUAAUACAUAAGUAACUCUCUUAU